CACUAGCACGCAUAUAUACGUACGCUUACAUUUCAUAUCUGUAAAAUAAUAAACAUGGUUAAGGCAGUUGAUGAGAGGAAAAAUUCCAAAGAUAUGUAUGAAGGAUUAAUGAAGGGCGACAUGGUGAAAGUGCUCAAACAAUAUGAGAAGUUACCGGCUACUUCACAGGAGUCCUCCACGGUGUUGGGCGACACACUGCAUCACAUCGCCAUUUACAUGGAUCACGAAGACAUGGCAAGAGAAAUCCUCAAAAAGUAUCUCCACCAUCAUCGUGAUCUAAUCUCCAAGAAAAACAGCAUCGGAGACACGGUUCUCCAUGAGGUGGCCGUCAAGAAUAUGGUGGACCUCGCCGGGGACUUGUUAGAUAAUGUUCCAGAGCUGCUAUCUCUCAGCAACGGACUCGGCGACAUGCCUCUCUUUAAAGCAGCUGCUAACGGCCAACUUCAAAUGUUCAACAUCCUGUCUCUUGCUGUGAAUCUCAAAGACAAAGACAAUCUCGAUCAACACCUCAUUAGGAAUGACAACACUAAUAUUCUUCAUAUGGCAAUUCUAUUUGAGUCUUUUGAUCUUGCAUACUUAAUAGCUAAAAAAUACCCACAUUUAGUUGAUAAAGAAGAUGGAGCUGGGAUGAUAAGUCUUCAGCUCCUGCCAAAUAACCCUUCUGCCUUCAUCAGCUCAGCGAAUUAUGGAUUAUUGAAGAGAUUGAUUUUUAAAUAUCAUCUACAACCAGGUUUUCCGACGUUUGAGAACACUAAGGAAAAAGAAGGUUACAAGAAGGAAGAUCAAACUGAUUUUUGUCAACCUGACUCGAUUAAAGAUGAGGAGCUGUAUAAUCCUAAAACCAACGGUUACAAGAACUGGCCUCCAACAUAUAAUGUUUGUAUGCGCAUUGCCUCAGGAUGGCCAAUGAUGAAAACAAUCUAUGAAGAAUAUAGAACGCAUGAAUCGGCUUUUAGACUAGCCAAGCUGCUAACAGAACAAGAUACUACAUGGCAGGAAAAUGAUUCAAAAAAUGAAAAGAAAAAGUCUACAUGGCAGGAAAAUGAUUCAAAAAAAGAAAAGGGAAAGUAUAAUUCCCUACGGCCUACUCAUCCUACCUCACUGCUUACGGCAACAAGGAAUGGGAUAGUAGAGAUUGUCAAGGAGCUACUAAGAGUGUAUCCUCAGGUAGUGGAGCAUGAAAGCAAGGCAGGCCAAAACAUAUUGCAUGUAGCCAUAAAAUACCGACAAUUGGAGAUCUUUAAUCACGUAAUGAAGAUGGAAGUGGCAAUGCCUAGAUUGGUUAAAAAGGUCGACAAGAAUGGCAACACAAUAUUGCACCAAGUAGGAAACAUAAUCAAUUACUCUGGAGGUACUCUCCCUGGUCCUGUACUCCAGUUGCAAAAGGAGCUGCGCUGGUUAGAGCGUGUGCGAAACAUUGUACCACCCCAUUAUGUGAUGCUUCAGAAUAAAUAUCCAGAAGAAGAAGAAGGCGAGACUGCUGAUGAGUUAUUUCUUAGAACUAAUACAAAACUACUCGAGGAGGCAAAAGAAUGGAUUAAGAAGACAUCCGAGUCUUGCUCCACCAUAGCCGUUCUUAUCGCAUCGGUUGCCUUCGUGGCUGCUUACACCAUCCCCAGAGGUAGCGACAAGAAGACAUGGGUACCAAUCUUCCUGCACGACUCUUUCUUCACCAUGUUUAUAGUCAUGGAUGUGUGAAGUCCAGCUGCAUCACCACUGCACUAACAAUGUGAAGACUGCUCAGCCACCAUUGUUGACAAUGGUUGCCUGCAAUUAACACCGAAAAAUAAUUUGCUCAACAAUUGUGGGCACCUGUCAAAAGAAGUUGAAAAUGAUGGCCAUGCAACCGACUUAGUAAGGUUAUAAAUAGGCCCGUUGCAUGCAUAUUCAAGCCAAGUCGACCAAGCUCAAUAUCAUCCCAAGUGAGGAGUAUUGAGAGUAAACUCCGAGAGAAAGAGAGUGUUUAAGUUCCAAAGAGAGCUUGAGAGAAGAGUGAGCAAUUCCAGAGAGAAUUUGACAGUGUAGAGAGAGGUUCCACGUGAGAAUCCUC